AUGAGGAAGGCAAGGCGGCGACCAUCGAGGGACAUGCAAUGGGAGCCGGCGACCUCUUUCGACAAGGAAGGAGUGAGCGAAGUCAGGCGGGGGCGAUUGAGGCGGAGAAGUCGACGGCGAGUGGUGAUUGAGGAUGGUGGUGGGCUGGUGGCUGCCGAUUGGGAAAGGGGAGAAGUAGCUGCUAGUUUCAUGGCAAAAAUGGCGACUGUGCCUGAGGAUCCGCCGGUGAGGAAGAAGGAGACGAAGAAAUUCACAUGGAAGAUCUCGCAAUUUUCAAAGCGGACUGAGCGGGAACUUUUGUCCGACACUUUUUCGGCGGGAGGCCACAACUGGAGGAUCGUAUUUAAUCCAAAUUGUAGAUUGUAUUUCAAGCAUCUAGCCAUGAGUUUGGAAAUUGCUGAUUGGGAAACAGUGCCCUACAAAUGGAGUGUGGCAGCUGAGUUUACCUUGACCCUUGUCGACCAAUACGAUGGUUCCCUAUCUGUGCGACAAUGUAAGGGUGGCGCACAUAACUUUGACUACCUGGACUACGAAUGGGAGUUCCCACGUUUUGUUCUGAGUGCAGACUUUAUAGAACGUGCUUCUAGAUACAUCGUUCGUGAUACAGUCAUUAUUGAAGCAGAAGUUUCUACUGAAGUAGCUGCAUCAGAGGCUACUAAUAGCGAACCAAGGCUGGCUAAGACUGAAGAGCCCCUUUCACUCCAGAAUCAGGAGGUUCAGGCAGACAGCCCCUUUCCUCCAUCAAGUGCGCAGUUGACAUCGAGAAAACUGAUAGCUGAACUCUCCACAAUGACCAGCAAUUGCAAGUCUCCUUCAGCUGAUCGAAUCUCUUCAAGCGCAGACCAUGGUUGUGGUGUGGUGCAACAACAGAGGGAGAAAAUGGUUGAAUUCUUUGGUAUGUCACUCGAGGCCAUCUGCCAAACCAUAUCACUCGAUGAAGUUGAGAGCACUGCGCUCAAACUGGCUGAACAUUCAACUGAUCCAGAAGAGGAGACAAUCCUGAAAGCCUUGGUCUCACGUCUGGCUGAGUUUAAGCAGGUCAUCCCUAGCUCUCUGGCCACUAAUGAAACCAGCAAUGCUGCCAAAUCACUAAUGCCUCAGAUUACAAAAGACAUGGAAGUGAAACUGGUGCAAAGGAAGAGAAAAUUGAGCUCUUUGGAGGUUGAGGUUUCAAGACUCGGGGAAGAAGGCAUGAAGCUUGAGGCUGAAAUUCAGCAACUGUCCGCUCCAAAGGCUAAACUUAUUGAUCAGAGGAAUUCAGCUGUGGUCAAACUGGAGAAGGCUAAUGAAGAGGCUUCCAAGGAACUGGAAGAGUUCAAGAAGCAAUGUGAUGAGAACAAGCAGGUGAUUGAGAACGGUCUGAAAGCCAAGGAGAGAUUGGCUCAGUCCAAUGCCAGUUGGAAGCUUUUCAAGGACAAUCUAGGGUGGUAGUGGUAGUAGUAGAGUAGUAGGAGUCUCUUCUCCCUUUGAUGGAUCAAUGAUGCAAGUAAUGCCAUGUGUUUGGUUCCUUGGUGAGGUCCUCUUUGGGGUUUUAGGGUGGUAGGAGUAGUAGUAGUCUCUUCAUUGCUUUGAUUGAUCACCGAUGCAAGUAAUGUCCUGCUUUUGGUUUGCUUGCGAGGACCUUUUGGGGAGGCUUUUAGGUAGCCGUAGCAAAAACUUCCUUGCUUUGAUGGAUCACUGAUGUAAGUAACGUCCUGCCUUUGAUCCAUUGGCGAGGACCUUUUUGGGGUUUUUUAGGGAGUAGGACUGUAGGAGUGGUGGUAGUCUCUUGCUUUGAUGGAUUACUAAUGCAAGUGAAGUCAUUUUAUGAGGCCUAGUCGUCAUGACUUAUAUUUGCAUUUCGGCAUAUAACGUAUUGGUUUCUUGUCAG